GUGAGCGUUUGAGCAGAAAGCAUGGACCCCGAGCAGAAGAGGAGAACUAGAUCUAGAUCUAGACCAGGACCAGACCCAGACCAAGACCCAGACUCGUCUGCAGGUGUGCAGGAACCGGAGACCCAGCAGGAACCGCUCCAGAAACCGGUCCACUGUUGCCAGAUCUGCAGGAGGGUCUUCAGCUUCGGGUCUGGUCUAAAGAGGCACCUGAAGGUCCACUCCGGGGAGAAACCCUACAGCUGUGAUCAGUGCGGCACCGGCUUCUCCACCUCCACGCACCUGAAGCGCCACCAGAACGUUCACACCGGCAAGGACGCCUUCAUGUGCGACCAGUGUGGGCAGAGCUUCACGCAGAAGGAAAGCUUGACCGUGCACCUGCAGCGUGUCCACGCCGGACUGAAGCGCUUCAGGUGCGAGCAGUGUGGGCGGAGCUUCUCCAAGUCCGCGAACCUGAAUGUGCACCGGCGCAUCCACACCGGGGAGAAGCCGUUCCGGUGCGAGGAGUGCGGCAAGGCGUUCAGGGACGGCAGCAACCUCCGGAACCACCGACAGACCCACAGCCAGGUCAAGCCCUUCUGGUGCCAGGACUGCGGCAGGACCUUCACGCGUCCCUGUUCGCUGAGGAAGCACCAGCGCAUCCACUCCGGGGAGAAGCCCUUCAGCUGCUCCAGCUGCAGCAAGAGCUUUGCCCAGAAGUACAGCCUGGACGUCCACCAGCAGACCCACCGCCGGGAGACAGUGUUCUGGUGCGAGUUCUGCGGGAAGUUGUUCAACCAGAGUUUCGGCCUCAGACAGCAUCAACGGAAACAUCAUGCAGAGGAGCCGUCGCAGGGGUGACCGUACCAGGACCUGGUUCGGUCCUGCUGACUGGACUCUCCAGAACCGCUACAGCGACGCUCCAACCAGAUACAAGGACUGUGUGACGUGGGCGGAGCUCCGACCAGACUGGUGGACAUGUGGGCUGAGGGAAGUUGGUGAACAUGGAAUGUUGGGGAAAAUACACCAAAUAAUAGGAGGAGGGGAGGAACAACCUCAGGCCCCGACUGUAGAAAAGAUGGAACUUUUCAGUGAAACUUCAGACUGAGCCCGGGCUACUGCUCAUGUUGGUGAUAUUUACUCUGCAAUAAACCAUCAUCGGACCGUGAACCAGCUGAAUCUGUCUCAUCAUUGAUUCUUCCUGACUUCUCAUCUUCAACUCAGUGAUUAUAGGCUGUUGGACCACGCCCAUAUGCUCAUGUGAACUCUGAACUUAUAAAUGUAUGAACAUUUGGUGAAUGUGUAUAUUCAACUUUGAAACUGCUCAGCCGAAAAUCGGCUAUAAUGUGCCUCCUAAAAUGGCCGCCUUGGCAUGAAAUAUAACCAGCCCCCCAGUCUCGCGCUCAGAAGGUGUGCCGAUCUUUCCCAGUGGCCAGCCGCGGUACUGCAACAAAAAAUCCCAUGGGGCCCAGAAAGCUUUUUUCCCAUAGACUGCAAUAGUAAAAGAGAAGCCUCUAAAACUGUUCACAGGACACCUCCAGCUGUAAUCACCGGCAAUUACUAAUCUUUGUAUUCUAUAUUUUUAAGUCAUGGACUUUAUAUCUGUCAAAAAUGUUUUAUAACGGCCAGAAAAGUCAAAGAAAAGUAUUUUUCUGGGCCUGACGUCACGGCUGACGUUUUGUCCGUGCACUCCAUGGAUGUAUUAUAUUAAUAUAUAUUAUGUAAUUAUAUUAUAUUAAUACAUUAAUAAUAUAUGUAAUACUAUACAUCUAAUAAUAUACAUUAAUUAAUAUAUUAAUACAUAUUAUAUUAAUAUUCGCGUCAUUGCCCCGGGGCAUGAUGGGAGGCCCCAGAGCAUCAUGGGAGGUGACUCAACUGCGCAUGCUCUAUGGGCCAGUGUAUGCGGAAGUAAACCCGGAAGUCCGAGAUUUUUUCGGCACAUGCGCUGGCUGAGUAGAAUGCAUUGAAAUGAAUGGGCGGCCAUUUUGGGCACUGUAUCCAGUUAAUAUUAUAGAUCCAUGACUAUAACCCCCAGCAUGCCUUGCUUGGGGGGGGGGGGGCGGCGGCGCCUACAAGCAACGUGCACCCAAUCCCGAGAGAGGCACUGAUGACAUCACCGCAGCGCGCGUUGGAUCAAAACGCCGCCACUGCCCCUUUUUCUCUCACUUCCGAUCAACCUUUGAUCUUUGAUUUGACCUUUGGGGGGGGGGAAGCCAGACUCUUCCAGGUCCGUGAGCCCGCGCCUUGGUGAAAGACGGCGAAGGCCCUGAUUCCAGUGGACUGUCCCCGCACGCCUGGAGGCGCGUCAAGAGCCUCCGUGAUCGGAGAGAUCUACCCGGCUGUGCGCAUGCAGCAAGACUGCAUCUCUUUUCGAAGGAGGAACGUGGAGAGGGAGCUGAGCGGCUGCCCGCCCCGGGGAACCCCUGCAGGAUCGUCCUGCCCGUGAGGUCCCUGCAGGACUGAGCCAAGCCGAGCCGCAUGGAGGAGCCGAGAGAAACGAGGCCGCAUCGGACUGGAACCCCCGACAGAACCCGCAGCUUCCCGAUUCCGACCGGAAGGCGUGAGGUUUCGAGUCUGAGUGUACUGGUUUAAUUUAGAGCGUUUCAGAGCUAAAUCUGUGUUCAGAGCUGAGUUUACUGCAUACAUCAUUAUCAUUGCUAUCAUUAUUGUGUUCGAUUAUUUUGUCGUCGCCACUUUCUGCUAGUCAUUCACGUUUUAAAGCACCGUUUCGCCAGUUGAUCACGGUUUAAACAUCGGGAUCACCAUCCUGUCUGAUCGCACGUGGCCCAAAGGGGGCUCCGCCAUCUUUAAAUACCACAGACGCCCCGCCAUCUUUAAAUGUUUUAAACCGUAGAUGGUCGUUGAUGUCAUGUUUGUUAUCGCUUGAUUUCUUUUUCAUUCCAUGCAUUUAAGUUUCAUUUCAUUUCUAUUGAUGUUUUCUGGUUAAUUAAUGGUUUUAUAAUAAUGUAGUGCGCCAUCAGGAUUUAUUUGGGUAUUUAUUUACA